UCUCCGCGCUCUGGCGUUCUAACCUUCAGCGCGUGUUCUUGUUUCCAGCUUUGAGUGGCUGUUCCAGCGCCGGCUGUCAUCGCCGAUGGCUCAGCAGCCGCUGCGUCUGUUGGCUUGUGGCGAUGUUGAAGGAAAGUUUGAUGUUUUAUUCAAUAGAGUUCGAACAAUUCAGAAGAAAAGUGGGAACUUUGACCUGCUGUUGUGUGUAGGAAAUUUCUUUGGCUCUACCCAAGAUGCUGAGUGGGAGGAAUAUAAGACUGGCCACAAGAAAGCUCCUAUUCAGACGUAUGUACUUGGUGCCAACAACCAGGAGACAGUACAGUAUUUCCAGGAUGCUGAUGGGUAUGAAUUAGCUGAAAACAUCACUUACCUGGGUCGAAAAGGUGUCUUCACUGGAAGCUCGGGGCUGCAGAUUGCGUAUCUCAGUGGGACAGAGUCCUUAGAUGAACCAGUCCCAAGUUACAGUUUUAGUUCCAAGGACGUUUCUUCUCUGAGAACAAUGCUGUGUUCGGCAUCCCAGUUUAAGGGUGUUGAUAUCUUGCUCACGUCCCCAUGGCCCAAGUAUGUGGGGAGCUUUGGGAAUUCUUCUGGAGAAGUGGAUACAAAAAAAUGUGGCUCAGCUUUGGUCUCCAGUCUUGCUGCAAGCUUGAAACCAAGGUAUCACUUUGCUGCUUUGGAAAAGUCAUAUUACGAGAGACUUCCGUACCGAAACCAUGUUGUUCUACAAGAAAGCGCACAGCAUGCCACCCGCUUCAUAGCGCUGGCGAAUGUUGGGAAUCUGGAAAAGAAAAAGUAUCUUUAUGCAUUCAGUAUUGUUCCCAUGAAGCUAAUGGCUGUAGCAGAACUGGUAAAGCAGCCUCCGGAUGUCACUGAGAAUCCUUACCGAGAAUCUGGAAAGGAAGCAGCUGUAGGAAAACAAAUUCCUGCCCCUCAGGAAGAACCUGCCUGUCAGUUCUUCUUCGAUUUGAAUGAAAAGCAUGGAAGGAAGCGGUCAUCCACAGGCAGAGAUAACAAGCCUCCUCAGGCCAAGCAGCCUCGCAGACCUCCUCAGCCUCCAGGACCUUGUUGGUUUUGCCUUGCCAGCCCUGAAGUGGAAAAGCAUUUGGUGGUCAACAUUGGCACACAUUGCUACCUCGCCCUGGCUAAAGGAGGCUUGUCUGAUGACCAUGUCCUCAUCCUGCCUAUUGGACACUACCAGUCAGUUGUGGAGCUCUCGGCAGAGGUGGUGGAAGAGGUGGAGAAGUAUAAGGCUACUCUGAAACGCUUCUUUAAGAGUCGAGGGAAGCGCUGUGUUCUAUUUGAAAGAAAUUAUAGGAGCCAUCACCUCCAGCUUCAGGUCAUUCCUGUGCCCCUCAGCUGCUGUGUUACAGAUGACAUUAAAGAAGCCUUCAUUACCCAGGCCCAGGAGCAACAGAUAGAGCUGUUGGAGAUUCCAGAGCACUCAGACAUCAAGCAGAUUGCACAGCCAGGAGCAGCGUAUUUUUAUGUUGAACUCGACACAGGAGAAAAGCUUUUCCACAGAAUUAAAAAGAAUUUUCCUUUGCAAUUUGGAAGGGAGGUGCUGGCCAGUGAAGCCAUCCUCAAUAUUCCUGACAAGGCUGACUGGAGGCAGUGCCAAGUCAGUAAGGAAGAGGAGGAGACCCUGGCUCGCCGCUUCCGGAAAGACUUUGAACCUUUUGACUUCACCCUGGAUGACUAGGCAAAGGGAAGGCACUGUGUGGAUGUCACAGGAAAUUGUUAUAGCCUGUUUUUACAAUGAAACUGCAGUCUCCCAUGGGGGCUGCCUCCCUGCCUCUUUUCCAGAUAUUCCCAUGGAACCUGCUUGCAGCAAGAGGCCUAGGAAAAAUCGUUCUGAGAUGCAACUGUAUGUUAAAAGAAUGUCUGCUACAUAUUUCUAAGAACAGCUGUGUUUGUUCAUAUCUUCACAACUCUUUGAACCUUUGAGGUUGGGUGUAGUCGCUCAUGCUUGUAAUCUCAGAAACUGAGGAGUUGUGGCAGGAAGAUUGCUGUGAAUUCAAGGCCAGUCUGGUCUACAUAGUGAGUUCCAGGCCAGUCUGGGCUAUGAUGUGAGACCCAUGCAGACGAAUUUGCUAAAUGGUCUUAUUAAAUAAAAACCUGGAGCCAGAUAUAGGGGUGAAAAUCUGAGAGAUCAGAGGAAUAGGAAAAACCACAAGCUAACCUCACCUCACCAACACCUAAGUCUCCAAAAGAGACCUACUUCCUGUAUACCCACGCCUAUAUGCCUUUCUGUUCUGCUCUCAUUUGCUCUCUGUCCAGUUACAUCACUUCCUCUUCCUGCUCAGCUGUCAUUUCCUGUCUGUCUGUACAGACCUCCAUGGUUAACUAGAGUUGGAAUUUAAGGUAUGUGCCACCACGCCUGGCUCUGUUCCCCAGUGUGGCCGUGAACUCACAGAGAUCCAGACAGAUCCCAGGCAAUAGGAUUAAAGGCGUGUGCUACCAUUGCCUGACUUCUAUGUUUAAUAUAGUGGCUGGCUUCUUCCUCUGAUCCUCAGAUAAACUUUACUGGAUUGCACAAAUAAAAUAUUACCAUAGACCCAUCUCAACCCCUACCUCCAAAAGCAAAAAUAACCUUCCCCAAAUCUUGUAAAUGAUAAAAAGGAAAGCUUUUCUAAGGGUAGCAAAUGUCUUAUGUUGUUUAUCACCACUGAAAUGAAAUUAUGUGUGUGUGUGUAUAAUAGAGACCAGAGUUUAUGCCUAGCAGUUAUCCCAGAAUAACACAGGCAGCUCAGUCUGGGGAAGGGAAAUGCAUGGCCUUGGCUAUUGUUUUCUCACAGCAUCCAUCAUCUUGUUCACAUAAAAGUCCAUUCCAUCUUUCAGAUAUUUAACUCUGAUAUGCUAGAAAGUUUUCUAAGUUCCAAGAGUAUAGCCAGUGAGUGCCCCAACAUGGCACCUAUUGUACAGAGUUUAUAGUCUAAUUGGGGAAGGAAGUGGCAGAUUUAAGAAAAUGAGUUUUUCUUUGAAUGUUUUGUUUUUGAUGUUUAAGAUACCUGAGUUAUCCAGUAAAUAUGUCCAGAUUGCCAUUAGGUACUUCUAAAACUCAUGCAGAUCAGGAUUGGUGUUGGAGCUAUGCAUGCAUUUUAGAUGUUUAAGACAGCUGACUUAUCUAACAGAUGUAUCCAGAGCGCUCUUAGAUAAUUCUCAAACUCAUGCAGAUCUAGGUUGGUGACAGGGCUCUAGAGUUCAUCAGGGUAUAGACCAUAGUGAAAUUACAAAAUAAGAUAGGGCAAGUACAGUUAGUCCCAAUAAAGGUGACUAAGAUUUAAGGAAACAGUGAUCCAGUGACCAGUAAGUCCAUGGAGCAGGUGCAGUGUGACCACUGGAGAAUGCUGCGUAUCAGAAGCCAGAAGAGAAUAAUUGUUCUUAUUUAUGGGCCAUUUAAGGCCCAGAUACAUUUUCACUUAAUUCUCAAAAAUCUCUUGACCUCCAUUUCGUAUAUAAAAACAAAAAACAGUCUUGGAAACCUGAUGAUUAUGGAGCCUGGGAUAAACCAUUCUACAGUUAUAAAUAAUAAAAGGCCAAGCCUUUAAUCCUAGCAUUCAGCAGGCAGAUCUCUGUGAGUUUGAGGUCUGAUCUACAUAGUGAGUUCCAAGUCAGUCAGGGAUAUAGAGACCCUGUCUCAAAAAACAAAAAUAAAAUAACAAACCUUGA